UUCCAGGACUCGCUUUGCUGUUGAGAAGCUGUGCUCAAAGCUGAGGAGCUAAGCCACUUGCCAAAAUGUGCAAAGGACUUGCAGCUCUGCCCCAGUCAUGCCUGGAAAGGGCCAAGGAGAUUAAGAUCAAGUUGGGAAUUCUUCUCCAGAAGCCAGACUCGGCUGUUGACCUUGUCAUUCCAUAUAAUGAGAAGCCGGAGAAACCAGCCAAGACCCAGAAACCCUCACUGGACGAGGCCCUGCAGUGGCGUGAUUCCCUGGACAAGCUCCUGCAGAACAACUAUGGACUUGCAAUUUUCAAAAGUUUCCUGAAGUCUGAAUUCAGUGAGGAAAACCUUGAGUUCUGGAUUGCCUGUGAGGAUUACAAAAAGAUCAAGUCCACUGCCAAGAUGGCUGAGAAGGCAAAGCAAAUUUAUGAAGAAUUUAUUCAAACAGAGGCUCCUAAAGAGGUGAAUAUUGACCACUUCACUAAGGACAUCACAGUGAAGAACCUGGUGGAACCUUCCCUGAGCAGCUUUGACGUGGCCCAGAAGAGAAUCCACGCCCUGAUGGAAAAGGAUUCGCUGCCUCGCUUUGUGCGCUCUGAGUUUUAUCAGGAGUUAAUCAAGUAGUAAUUUAGUCAUGCUGUGAAAUCAUUCUGAGUUAUUUCCUCCAUAAUAUCACUGCAUUUUCCAGUAACCUACAUAUUUUCCCAUAGCAGCUGUGCACAAAGAAUUUGCUCAAAAGAAAAAAAUCCCAGGAAGGCUUGCUUACUCUUUUUGCCCACAUUGCUUUGGAUGCUUAUCUGUUGUCCAAAUACCUUCCUUUCCCAGUUUCUUCUUCCUGCUACAUUCAUAAUUAAGCUCUACUCAGUUUGUUGUCAGAACCAACCAGAAUCACAGAAAAAUUCUUCCUUAGGCAAAGAAAUAAAAGACAAGACUAUGAUAUCAUUGAAUGUGGAUUUAGGUAAUAGAUCACCUAAAUUGGUCUGAAAAUAAAUAUAGAUAUAGAAAGACCAAUUUCAAGGGAGCUUAUUGUUUUAAUUCUAAUCCAGGGAGAUCACCCUCUAUUUUUGAACUUGUUUAGUAAAAGAUGGUAAGGUUUUUAUGAGGCAGCCACUACUUAAUUUUUUAAGCAAAUACAUUAUUUCAAAUAUUGAUCUUUCUCUUAGAGCAUCUUCAUGUUAGCUGGAUAUUAUAGAGAUACAAGCAUGAAUACAUUGUAUUUGUACUAAAUCAAUCUGAAUAAAAUUCACGUGAAUUCUGUCCUUAUACCUUUUAGCAACCCCAAUCUUCCCUCACUGUUUUGCUUCCUGCAGUGAUAGGCCACAGUAUUUUUAGUAGGUUUAAACUUUUAAUUCUAUAUUCCAUUAUUAUAAGUAUUGCUAGAUAUUUUUCCUAUCGUUAGUAGACUUGAUUAAGUAAUUAUUUACAUAAUUUAGUAAUAAAUAGAAUCAAACUAAACCAUGUAUGAGGGAGAUCAAGAGAGGAUAUUGAGUUAAUUCCAAAGAAGGAAGGUGGUUUUCAAAGGAUUAAUAAAAUGCUGAAACGUUUAAGUAGAAGACUACAUUGUUUAGUAUUGUAUUUCCUUCCUUUGUUUCUCUUUUUCAUUUACACAGUCCGAGUUUCCCAUGUGUGUAGCUCAUUUAUUCAGUUAUUUUCAUUUAUUCAGUUAUUUUCUAAGAAUAUUGAAACUGAAGCAACUAUGUUUUUCUAUUCUUUGGGUAAACACUGACCAUGUUUGUUGGAUUUUCCCUGUUUUUUUGAUUUCAAAGAAUAAUAUGUGCUUCCUGAAUGCUUGCCAUUUUGCCUUCUAAAGUGGGUUGGAGUGACUAGAUAUACUGCCGACAAUUGCUAGUGGAUUCAUUCAUAUUUGUCUGCAUUGCCCACUUUGAGCAAACUCCUUCAUCAAGCAGUCCACAGCUUGGCCAGAUCAACAUUGCAGACACGAGGUUCUCAUCGUACGCAUUUGUGUAGAGCUGGCAAGAAACGCAGAUGAAAAUUUCUAGGGUGCACUUCCAGCACCAUCUUCCUCACCAUCUGUCUGUUGUGCCCCCAAAUCAGUAGAAAAAGUACCAGCCUUUACUUUCUAAUACAGCUAGAAAUGUUAAAAAACCCAAGAAUAUAGGUGAGGUUUUUUUUUUUUUUUGAAUGCCAAAACAUUUUAAGAAAAAAAAUUUAAUUUAAUUAAAAAUUCAAAUAUUUUAUUGGCAUUAUUUGAAAUAUCCAUGUUUGAAAAUGCCCAGAGAAUUAGCUAGAUGUUACAGACCUCACCCAGAUGGUUGAUGUUAUGAAAACUCUAACUGACUGUAUCCACAAAUGAUCUGCACACCCUGUGAAAGUGGGUAGACUUGUCAGUAAAUCAUAAGGACCCUCACCUUUUCAUAAGCUGAACCCAGGAGACAGGCGCAGGAAGGGACACCAGGAGGACAGUGCUAUGAAGGCUAUGAAAACAAUGAAAGAAGGAAUACCCUUCUUUAUAUCUACAUAUAAUUAAAUGGGACAUUAUACCUACAUAUCUAUAUUUAUCUAUGUUCAUAUGUAUCUAUAUAUGAGGGUAUUUCAAAAAGUUCAUAGAAAGAUUCGUAUUAUCUUUUAAUUCCAUUUUCCAUGAGCUUUUUAUUUGAAUGUCUUUGACAGUUUUCUGAAACUUAGAAAAGAGAAAGAGAGAAAAAAAAAAAAAGAAAGAAAAGAAAAAGGAAAACCUGUGUUACUAGUAGUUUCCAUAGUAGCACAAAGAAAAUAUAUUCUUUUAAUUCUGGGAAGUUAGAAAAAGCGGGAUGAUCUUACCAGGGGACAAAAAUGUGUAACAUCUAUUUAUCACUUCCUUCCUCUCCUCCCCGCGUCUCCACCUUCCCUAGAGUAAAUUGCCUGGGAAAAUACUUAGCUUCAUGCAAGAGCCCUGUGGUUCUUGCGUUUUCCUUCCUUGUGAAAAUGUAGCUACAGUCAUAAGUGGAUUUGGGAUGUAGAAAGGUGGUGGAACCAAACUGUGGUCAAUGGAAAUAGGAGUAUAUGUUUCUCUUCUGGAGACAAACCUAAGAUUAGCCCAGAUAAUGGCCCAUAACCUAAGUUUUUCUGCCUGGGUUUGACAUAGUUUGGCAUUGGGAUCAGAUUAAGACAUAAAUUAGACCAGGAAAAAGAGACAGAUUAUCAACUCUAGAGUAAGUUAGAAGGCUAUGCUUAUGUUCAUUUGCUAAAGCAGUGCUUGUUCCUGUGAACGACCCUCCCCCUGCACACACAGACACACACACACACCCACACACACACACACACACAGACACACACACACACACCCAUUCUUUCUCCCAGAUAGAUUCGUUCUGAAAUGUAGAUCUAACUAUGCCAUUUUAAUAACUUGAUUUCAAAUAAAUAGAGUCAAAUGUAUGGAAACAUUUUGUGCCCCACUUCUCACACCCUGUGUACUCCAAUUUUCUACCAUAUAAAUUAUACUUUAAGUAGAAUUCAGUUUUUAAUGCAUAAAGAGAAGAACUUGGUAAAAUAAAUUGUUUUUAUUUUCAUCUUUUACAAAGCCAUGGCUUCUACCUGGUUGUUGUGUUCUCUGCACACAGUCCAUUUCAAUGGGAUGGAGCUAUUAAUUAUGUCUCAAAGAGUAGUAGGUGUCCAGAAGGUUCAGUAAAAACCUGCCCAUUAGCUAAUCACUUGAUGAGCAUUCCUUCUAGAGCUUUGCUGAGCUAUCUCAUCACAAAUUUGAUAAUUUGAUAAUCAUUUAAAAGUCUAGUUAUAUUUGGGGGAAAUGAUCUUUACUCCUGACACUGUUCCCUUUAGCAGGCCAUUUUCUUUGUUUCUUGGGAAUUUAGCAAGUUUGGGAGAGAAUGAGUCAAGAGAAGAAAAAGAAAAAAAGGAGAGAAGGAAAGUGGUAAAAAUGUGCCCAGACCUAUGAAAUUAAUCCAUUUGCUAGGAAACAUUUAGGAGCAGUUUAGCUUGACUGAAAAAUCAAACUGCUUCUUGCUGUCACCUUUCAGAUUUGCAGGAAGGCAUUUCUUGACUCACAGUGCAGCUAGAAGAGAAAAUGCAUUUUAACAUCCCACAGAGCCUUCAUUACAGAAAAGAACAAAUAUGGAGGAUAUCCUUCCACCUCCCAUUUGGCUUGCACGUGCCAGAAAGCAGAGAGUGGAGAACUCAGUUUCCAACAUCCCAGCAUCCAAACCCAAGGACUAGACAACUCUAUGCAGGUUUUGGACAUAAGGUCUCAGUGCAUCUCAGUGCAUAUCCUGACUGAAUUGUCAUUAGACCUCUCUAGUCUCUUCCUUGUAUUAGAAAGUAUGUAUUUAACACUUGCUUAGUACAAGGCUUUUUAGUUAACAGUUUAGCAGCUGCUCUUCAUGUUACCAUCACUUUUCAUCAAAUAGGUCCAGAGCAGUGGAUAUCCAAAGAAAUCCUUUCCCCAGCAGCAUUUAACCAUCAUGGAACUGAAAAGGUCAAUUCUUCCAACUGAAGAGACAUUCAUGGCUUUGAAUGGAAAUUUGUAGCAGAGAAUGACAGACAAAAAAAAAAAAAUAUAUAUAUAUAUAUAUAUAUAUAUAUAUAUCCUCGUACCAUUGUCCCUUACCUCAUAGUUUAAUAAUAACCUUAUUAUUUUCCUAGAAGCUGCAAACCAACUGCUUAACAUUCAUAUCCAGUUUAAUAAGCCUCUUCCAAGUUGCUCGUUCUCUCACCUGAGAUUUUCCUUCCCACCCAUAUAGCUUCCUUCCUCUUCUUUCCCUGCAAGAGGAAGUAGUUGGGUCUGUCCACAAUUAGGUAAUAAUGAAUACAUUAAAAGCAUUUGACUGCCUAUACAGGAAAGUAUACAGGCUAAGGCAUAGGCAAAACAAAGGGAAAUGCUGAGAAAUUUGCCACUGAAGAUGAGUAGUCUGGAUAAUUUUUGCCAGACGUCCUUUUUAUAUCAUUUAGUAUCAAGAUUUGAGAGAACAGAAUUUUUUAAAAUGCUGCAACUUACAAUUCAUCUUCAGGAGACACAGCCAGGAGAAUGGAGUAGAAAUGAAAGGUUUAUAAAUCUACUUGUCAGCAUUUAUCCCAUAUAUUUUUAAUUCAGAAACAAUUGUGUUUAUCUUCUGCUUUUUGUAUCCAAUAUGUUAUGUACUGUGUGACUCAUGCUUCUUGAUAAAUAAAGCACCAAAUGUAUAUCUGUAACCACGACCACAUAUAUCAUGAUUAAAUAUAUAUCUAUAUAACAGC